UAUCCGCGCGUCUCUCUCAUUCCUUUCUUUUUAUCUCCCAACCUAGGGGUCGUUCGUCGUGGAGUUCCUUGACGCCGGAGUUUCCUUUCUGCUUCUUCUGUGAACAGGGUUUCGUUUUGGAUCGGCGCGAGGGCGAUCUGCUCAUCUACGGUGAGCGAUGGCGGAUCGAUUGACUCGUAUCGCCAUCGUCAGCUCAGAUCGCUGCAAGCCCAAGAAGUGCCGCCAGGAGUGCAAGAAGAGCUGCCCUGUCGUGAAAACAGGAAAACUUUGUAUAGAAGUCACUCCUGCAUCGAAAAUUGCUUUCAUUUCUGAGGAGUUAUGCAUCGGAUGUGGUAUCUGUGUCAAGAAAUGUCCUUUUGAGGCAAUUCAGAUUAUCAACUUACCAAAGGAUUUAGUUAAAGAUACAACCCAUCGCUAUGGACCAAAUACCUUCAAGUUGCAUAGGUUACCCGUUCCAAGACCUGGGCGGGUGUUGGGCCUGGUUGGAACAAAUGGCAUUGGGAAGUCAACUGCCCUUAAGGUGUUGGCUGGGAAGUUGAAACCCAACCUGGGUCGAUAUAAUAAUCCUCCUGACUGGCAGGAAAUUUUGACAUAUUUUCGGGGAUCCGAGCUCCAGAAUUACUUUACACGCAUUCUGGAGGACAAUCUGAAGGCAAUUAUUAAGCCCCAAUAUGUUGAUCACAUACCCAAAGCUGUUCAAGGGAAUGUCGGCCAGGUGCUUGACCAGAAAGAUGAGAGAGAUAUGAAGGCUGAACUGUGCAUUGAUCUCGAGUUGAAUCUGGUUAUUGAUCGUAAUGUGGGUGAUUUAUCCGGUGGAGAGUUGCAGCGAUUUGCAAUUGCUGUGGUUGCUAUACAAAAUGCAGAAAUUUAUAUGUUUGAUGAGCCAUCAAGUUAUCUUGAUGUAAAACAGAGGCUUAAAGCUGCACAAGUUAUUCGGUCCUUGCUCGGACCUAGCAGCUAUGUGAUUGUUGUGGAGCAUGACCUCAGUGUCCUAGAUUACUUAUCAGAUUUCAUUUGUUGCUUGUACGGGAAGCCGGGAGCUUAUGGAGUUGUUACUCUACCUUUCUCUGUCCGAGAAGGAAUUAACAUUUUCUUGGCUGGUUUUGUUCCAACAGAAAAUCUCCGUUUUCGGGAUGAAUCACUCACAUUUAAGGUUGCUGAGACUCCUCAAGAGAGUGCUGAGGAGAUCCAGGCAUACCAACGGUACAAAUACCCUACCAUGAGUAAAACCCAGGGUAAUUUCAAGUUAUCUGUGAUCGAAGGUGAAUUUACUGAUUCUCAGAUCAUUGUCAUGCUGGGUGAAAAUGGAACAGGGAAGACAACAUUUAUUCGGAUGCUGGCUGGAUUAUUAAGGCCUGAUGCGGUGGAAGGUACUGAUGUUGAAAUACCUGAAUUCAAUGUUUCAUAUAAGCCUCAAAAGAUCAGUCCAAAAUUUCAAUAUACUGUAAGACACUUGCUGCAUCAAAAAAUUCGGGAUUCAUACAUGCAUCCUCAGUUCACAACUGAUGUCAUGAAACCUCUGCAAAUUGAUCACUUAAUGGACCAAGAAGUUGUAAAUCUUUCUGGUGGAGAGCUGCAAAGGGUGGCAUUGUGUCUAUGUCUUGGGAAGCCUGCAGACAUAUAUCUGAUAGAUGAACCAAGUGCUUAUCUUGAUUCAGAGCAGCGUAUUGUCGCCUCAAAGGUGAUAAAAAGGUUUAUCCUCCAUGCAAAGAAAACUGCUUUCAUUGUUGAGCAUGAUUUUAUCAUGGCUACCUACUUGGCUGACAAAGUUAUUGUGUAUGAGGGGCAACCCUCUGUGGACUGUUCUGCCAAUGCACCUCAGUCAUUAGUAUCUGGCAUGAACCGCUUCUUAUCUCACCUCGAUAUUACUUUUAGGCGAGAUCCAACUAACUACAGACCUCGUAUAAAUAAGUUGGAUUCUACGAAAGAUAGGGACCAGAAAGCUGCUGGAUCUUAUUAUUACCUUGAUGAUUAAUGUAACAAUAGAUGAUAUGCAGGCUAUUUCUUCAUCAUCUGUCUUUCUCUCAUUGAUAAAGAUGAAUGGGUCAACUAAGCAAUCUGCCAUGAUAAUGAAGUUCUGGCAUGAUACAUGAAGAUCCACCUUGAUACGGGAAGAUCUGCCAUUGUACAUGAAGACCACCAACGUCAUUUUCUGUUUUGAUUAAAAGCUUUAGGUUUGAAGUUUUUCUUCCCCUGUCUGCUGUUUGUUGAUGUUGUCGUCUCCACUCCAAAGGAAACGUUGGAUAUUGCUUUAGUUCGUCUAAUGAGGCUGAGCUUUUAGAAACGGAGGAGCAACUGCAUAUAGGUUGCAAUGAUCCCGCUUGAUGGUGGAGUUAUGACAUGUCUCAGACAUCAUCUACCCUAUGAAGAUCUUGCUGGUGUUUAAUCAGUUAUCCAUACAAAUAUUGAUCGACGCACAUGGAUUCAGAGUUAGUUUUAGGACAGUAUCGAGCUUUCCAUCUUUCUCAGCAGUGCUUGUUACCGGUUGAGAUGGACAGCGAUCUUCCUCCUGGUUUAAUUAUGUUACACGGGUUCUUGUUUCCUGCUCUGAAUUCUUGUGGGUAAUGGGGUAAAAUUAUUUAUUCAUUUA